AUGACCGAGCGAAGAGACAUUUGGCAAAGUCGUUGUUACACGAUUCCCAGAGUAUAUAUGAGCUUGAUAGGAAUAUGGCCGUAUCAUACUUUUCGCGACAGAUGCUUGCUUUUCGUACCGAUGUUUGCGUUCUCCCUCACCAUCCUUAUACCUCAGUUAAUGUAUCUGCUAAUUACCGCGGCGAAUCUUGACGAUGUAUUCUCGUGUACCCCAUCGAUGUGGAUCACCAUAAUAUUUAGCUUCAAAUUAUGGAGUUUGAUGAUGAACAACAAGAAAUUGAGGACUUGUCUUGAGACGAUAGAAGACGAUUGGUCGUCCCUAAAUACGGAUGCGGAAAGAGCUAUUCUACGGCGACAUAGCGCGCACGGACAGUAUGUCACGAUGACAUACGGAGGUACGUCUUGA